AUUAGGUUUUGUACCAACACAACUACACAAAGUGUUUCAAAAGUUCAUAAUUUAUUAAAGAAUUUAGGUUUUGAAAUUAAUAAAGAAGAGAUUUUCACAUCUUUAGUUGCAUGUCGAAAUUUGGUAAUUUCACGUGGUCUUAGUCCAUUAGUUUUUCUUGAAGAUGAAGCAAUUGAAGAUUUCCAAGGAGUCUCAACUAAUGAACCAAACGAUUCGGUAGUAAUCGGUUUAUCACCUUCAAGUUUUCAUUACGAGAAGCUUAAUAAAGCAUUCAAAAUAUUGUCAAAUAAUCCGAGUUCAACAUUAAUUGCAAUUCAUAAAGGAAAAUAUUUUCGGGAUGAAAAUGGUUUAAGUUUGG